GUGAAAGUUUUUAUUUUAUUUUGGUUCUGCUUCUUAUCUGACUCACAAAAAUCCCCGUUUGCACAUUUCUUCUCUGUUGAAUCAAGUUUCCUGAACAUUGGCGAAAAAGACUUUACUUCAGUUUAACUUCAACUCCCAUUUCGCAAACAUCGCAAAAUGAAACCAAGUCUGUUUGGCUGCUUUUGGUCAAUUCUCCUCAUUCUUGGCACCACAACUGCCUCCUCCGGAACCGAUCAUGGUUUCGGCUACGAACUGUUGAUGAGCAAACUGGAAGCCCUGGAGGAUCGCGUCGCAAAUCAGGAGCAAAAAACCCAGUCCAAAAUCGAUUCCAUCUCGGCCGGACUGGAAAGCCUACUCAAGUUCGUGACUUCACAGCAGAGUGCCCAGCAGGUGUACGACUCGUGCGAUAAGGUCCCCGUCAAGGUGUCCGGACUGUUCAACAUCCGCAUUGGUCCGCAGGAAACGGCUCAACUGUACUGUGACCAGGAGUAUGACGGCGGUGGUUGGACGGUGAUUCAGAGGAGGUUCGAUGGGUCGGUCAAUUUCUACCGGGAUUGGGCCGAGUACAAGCGAGGUUUUGGCAGUUUGGAUGGGGGGGAGUUCUGGCUCGGGCUGGACCGGAUUCACCAGUUGACGUACUCGGCGCCGCACGAGAUGGUCGUUUUGUUGGAGGAUUUCGAGGGGAACGCGACGUACGCCAAGUUGGACCGGUUUGAGAUUGCUGGUGAGCAGGCUGGUUACGCGGUGAACAUCAUCGACGGGUUCAGUGGGCCAGCUGGGGACUCGAUCACGGGAAUACGAUCGCUGAAGUUCAGCACUUUUGAUCGGGAUAAUGAUUCUUGGCCGCAAAAUUGUGCGUCCCACUUUCAUGGAGCUUGGUGGUACUCGAAUUGUCACUCGAGCAAUUUGAACGGGAAAUAUUCGAAGGGAACUACCUCGGAGUAUGCUACAGGAAUGGUUUGGUACUCGUUUCGAGGUCAUCACUAUGCACUGAAAUCGUCCAAGAUGAUGAUAAGGAGGAAGAAAUAAAACUGGUUUUCUAUGAA